AUGGCCUUCAAAAAAGUCGCUGUAAUCGGCCUUUGUGCCAUCCUGGUGGUGGCGGCAGCCGCCACUGCCGCCAUCUUCCUCAUUCGGGACAAACACGAAAACGAACAAAACGUUCACGAAAACAUCAACCAAUCCCAAAAGGCAGCCAUUCAAGACCUCUGCCAAACCACACACUACCAGCAAACAUGCGUCUCGACCCUCACCAAGGCCUCAAAUGCCUCCGACCCAAAAGCCCUCAUCGAGGCAGGCUUCCAAACAGCCAUUCAAGAACUCAAACGCGUGAUCAGCCAAACGACCCCUCUUCAAGAGGCUGCCAAGGACCCACGCACAGCUGGCGCCUACAAGACGUGCAGUAAGCUUCUGGACGACUCCAUUUACGAUCUCCAACAGACCGUCAAUCGAUUCGGAGCCCUGUUCGACACGACCGACGAUUUUCGCCUAUUGAUCGACGAUAUCAAAACCUGGCUCACGGGCGCCCUCACGUACCAAGACACGUGCAUGGAUUGUUUCGAGGGCAUAAACGGCGAAGCAAGCAAGAACAUGGAGAAGCUUCUGAAAAUAUCGCGCGAGCUCACGAUAAACGGGCUCGCAAUAGCAAAUGAGCUAACAGAGUUCCUAGCGCCAGCUGGUGGUCGCAAAACUAAUGGAGGUCGCAGGCUGUUUGGAGCAAGAGAUUCUCCUAAAUACGGGCUGAGGCUGAAAGAUUACGACUAUGGAUAUGAUUACAGAGGCAAAACUAAUGGAGGUCGUCGUAGGCUUUUGGAGGCCGCCGGGGCCAAGAGCAUCCGCCCGAACGUGGUGGUAGCGAAAGAUGGAUCGGGUAAAUACAAAACGGUUAACGAAGCCCUUCUAGAAGCCCCGCAGAACAGUAACAAGACUUUUGUGAUUUACAUCAAAGAAGGUGUGUACGAAGAAUACGUUACUGUGAACAGGACAACGUGGUCCGUAAUGUUUCUCGGGGACGGCCCCACCAAGACAAGGAUUGUCGGGGACAAGAGCUUCGUAGGGGGAUACGAAACAUUCUGGACAACAACCGUCGCGAUUGAGGGGGACGGUUUCAUAGCGAGGGACAUGGGGUUCGAGAACCGCGCAGGUCCCAAGAUGAUGCAGGCAGUUGCGGUGCGCGUAUCCGCUGACAUGUCGCUCUUCCACAACUGCCACCUGGACGGGUUCCAGGACACACUGACUCUUGUGAACCAGACUUCGGCCACUGUGCUCCAGAACUGUCGAAUCCUUCCAGGGCCUGACUACCCAGUGAACGACAAGUCGUACAAGGCGUAUUUGGGCAGGCCGUGGAAGGACUUCUCAAGGACAAUCGUGAUGGAUAGUGAGAUCGAUGGAGUGAUAAACCCUGACGGGUGGGCCACGUGGGAGGGCUCCACGGCGAAUCUGGGCACGUGUUGGUAUGCGGAGGUGAAUAAUAAGGGCCCAGGGGCUGACCUCAGCAGAAGGGUCAAGUGGCCAGGGAUUAAAGCCGUGUCUGUCCAAGGGGCAGCCGCGUUUGCCCCAGGGGAGUUUAUGGUUGGGGAUUCGUGGAUUGCCGAUAAGGGGAUACCAUACAAUCCGGGUCGGAUGGGAAUUGAAACAAUAAAACAGCUUAGAGGACCCCUCAGAGCNGAAAAUAUGGGUAGUGAUUCCAAGAAAAAGGUGGCCGUGGCCGGCUUGGCCUCGGUUCUCCUGGUCGCUAUGUGUGUGGCCGUUGCCGUCGGCGUCAACAAGAAGGGCGGCGGCGAGGUCUCUUCUGACACUGGCGGUGACAUCUCGGCCUCGACCAAGGCAGUCCACGCUAUCUGCUCCCCAACCGACUACAAGGAGACGUGCGAGGAGAGCCUGUCCAACGCCAACACCACCGACCCCAAGCAGCUUAUCAAGGCCGCUUUCGAGUCCACCGUAAAGAACAUCGAGGACGCUAUUAAAAACUCGGACCUCUUCAAGAAGGCCGCCGAGGACGAGCGCACCAAGGGCGCCCUCCAAGUCUGUGACGAGACCCUCGACACCUCCAUCGAGGACCUCCGGCGCUCGUUCGACAAGGUCGCCGACUUCGACAUCAGCAAGGUCGGCGAGACGGGAGAGAAGAUGAAGAAUCUAUUGAAGACGUCGGGUGAGCUUUUGAGCAACGGACUGGCCAUGGUGACUGACUUCUCAUCGAUCCUUUCAUCCCUCAACCUCGGUAGCUUCACGAGCCGUCGCCUCCUCCUGGCGGAGGACGGCAGCAUGCCCACGUACGUGGACGCAAAGGCUCGUAGGCUGAUGGCCGCAUCGCCUGCAAGCCUUAAGCCAAACGCGGUGGUGGCGCAAGACGGAAGCGGGCAGUACAAGACGAUCGCGGCAGCCCUCAACACCCUUCCCAAGAAGAGUAACGCGACUUUCGUUAUCUACGUCAAGGCCGGCGUCUACAAGGAGACCGUCAUCAUCCCCCGCCACGUCAACAAUGUCGCCAUCAUCGGUGACGGCCCCACAAAAACCCGCAUCUCCGGCAGCAAGAACUACGCAGACGGCACCCAGACAUUCCACACCGCCGUUCUCGCUGUGAACGGCGAGGGUUUCUUCGCCAAGGACAUCGGGAUCGAGAACACGGCAGGGCCCGAAAAGCACCAGGCGGUGGCCGUGCGCGUGUCGGGAGACAAAGCUGUUUUCUACAACGUGCACAUGGACGGGUACCAAGACACGCUCUACGCCCACGCGUACCGACAGUACUACCGCGACUGCACCGUCACGGGCACGAUCGACUUCAUCUUCGGGGAUGCGGUGGCCGUUUUCCAAAGCAGCCGAUUGGUGGUGCGGAAGCCGAUGGACAACCAGGCGUGCAUGGUGACCGCGCAGGGCCGCAAGGACAAACGCAGUGUAGGUGUCACUGUUGUCCAGAACUGCAACAUCGUGGCCGAGCCCGGGUUCUUGGCGGUGAAGCCAGCACUUUCGGCGUACCUCGGCAGGCCGUGGAAGGAGUUUUCACGCACUAUCAUCAUGCAGUCCAACAUCGACGGGUUCAUCGCCCCUGAAGGGUGGUCACCGUGGAUGGGGACCUUUGCGCUCGACACGCUGUACUAUGGUGAGUAUCAGAACCGUGGGGCCGGGUCGGACCUCAGCAAGAGGGUCAAGUGGAAGGGAAUCAAGAAGAUCACGCCAAAGAUCGCCGAGAGCUUCACCCCGCAGGUGGUUUUUGCUGGGGAUGAGUGGGUCAAGAGCGCCGCCGUGCCCUACGUGCCGGGCUUCGUGCAGAUCUGA